GCUAAACCCAUUGUAGAUGUUAUAUAUUUAUGGCUAUUCGUAAGAUAUACUAGGAUUGAAAAUACUCAGUCUAACUUUUAUGCAAAAAGUAAAUUCGACAUUGCUUGCAUGUGCAGAAGUCAAUAUAAUAAUUUUUAAAAAGGCGACAUUAAAAACAGGAAAAUCCAGAUAGGACACGUUGAAACACAUUUACAUUAAAACACAAUGGAAGUUGCAUUUCAUUAAAAUAAGCACCAGAGUUUUAAAAGCAACUUUUAAUUGGUCAAAUAUUAACAGACUUGGCGACAGGAUUGUGACAACCGAUGGACGACAGGGGGAGUAUGGUGAAGAUAAAUCCUGCACCGCAAACACACUAGUCAAUUCGGCAGCAGUUCAAGUUCGGGCUUCGAAACACUUGCGUCAGCAACAUGUCUGUAUAACUUCAGUACACCCUCAAGCAUGCCUGACAUCGUUUGGCUGUAGGAUCGUGCUACAUAUUAGUAGCCACUAGACCCCCGUCCAACACCCGGCGGGCUACAGCACAGUCACACCAUGAAGCCCCGUGAGGGUGGACCUCCAGACGGCGGGUAUGGCUGGGUGGUCGUCGCCUCGUCCUUCAUCAUCAUGGGCCUCACCGCCGGGGUCAUGAAAAACCUCGGCCUCUUCUUCCUGGAGAUCCAGCGUCACUUUGGAGUUCUUAACAGCACCGCGUCGUGGGUCACCUCCACCACCAUAGCCAUGUUUCAUUUAGCAGCCCCGGUGGCGAGCUCCUUGAGCCUCCUGUUCUCUCACAGAGCCGUAAUCGUGGCCGGAGGUAUACUGAGCACCGCAGCCAUGGUGCUGGCCUCCCUGGACCUCGGCCUCCCCUGGAUGUACUGCAGCCUCGGCGUCCUGCAAGGCACGGGCAUGUCCCUGGCCUGGGUGCCCUGUAACAGCAUGGUGAGCCACUACUUCCAGCACUGGCGGCCCGUGGCGUACGCCCUGGCCAGCUGCGGGGAGUGCGUGUUUGCCGCCUUCUUCAGCCUGUUCUUCCAGUGGCUCAUUGACGCCUACACCUGGCAGAGCGCCCUGCUGCUCAUCGGGGGCCUCCAGCUGAACCUGUGCGUCUGCGGGGCCCUCAUGAGGCCCCUGGGGUCCGGCGCCCUGAACCCGGAGACCGGGGGCGAGUGCGCCCCACCCAAGGCACCACGGAGGAUCUUCCACUGGAGCCUGCUCCGCCGGCCGGAGCUGCUGCUCUACAUCCUGUUUGCGGUGACGGCGGCGGCGGGCUUCUUCAUCCCGCCCCUCUUCCUGGUGCCGCACGCCGCCCGCCUGGGCAUGGACCCGUACCGCGUGGCCUCUGUGCUGUCUGUGCUGGCCACGGCGGACUUGGCCGGCCGGCUGUUCUGCGGCUGGCUGGCCCAUCGGCGGCACUGGAGGAACUUGCAGCUGCUGACGCUGGCCGUGACGGCGCUGGGCGUGGUGGUGGUGCUGCUGCCCCUGGGCGCCCGCGGCUACUGGGCCACGCUGGCCUUCUCCUCGCUCUACGGCUUCCUGUUCGGCUGCGUGGUGGCGCUGCACGUCACGGCCAUCGUGGACGUGGUGGGGGGGCUGGAGCGCUUCGACAGCGGCCUGGGGCUCUUCAUGAUGUUCCGCACCGCCGGGGGCUUCCUGGGCCCCCCGGCCGCCGGCUGGUUGGUGGACGAGACGAACGACUUCAGCGCUGCGUUCUUCCUCUCGGGCUUCUGCCUGCUCUGCUCUGGUGUGUUUGUGCUCGCGGUCGACGUUCUCGUCCAAAAGAAACUGGGCGGGCGUGCCAACGCGGCGACGCAGGACGGAGCCGCCGUCCCCUGAGUUCUGCCGACGCCGGACCCCCGAGCCACACCCCCCCCACAUCGUCCAGACCCCCUCUUGUAGAGCGAGAACCGUUGGUUUUAAUGUCGUUCAAUUUUUUAUGAGCAAACUUUUUGCACAAUGAUUUUAUUUGCUUAAAAGGAGACUCCUCUCCAACAACAAACCAACAAUAGAAAGGUGCGGUCUCCUGUUAAAAUUGUGCUAAUGCAGUAUGAACUGGAGGUGCAAGGUUCUAGCUCUAUUGAGUUAAGCUCUAGUCUGAGCAGAGAUGCACAGCUCUGUGAGUCUGUGACAUCACUGUGGAGUCUGGCUCCACAAUCAAUCGUUAUGAAUAUAACCAUAACCCUAUAUCAGGAUUACUGUUUUAAAUACAAACAUUGCUCAAUUAAUUGUUUUUGUCAAAACACUCAACUUUUAUCUCUUAGACGUGUUAUGUUUAUUUCAUGUCAAGUCAUGCACUUUAUUAAAUCAGUGUUUGGUAUGAUAGCCAGAGAGAGUGGAAAAAGAGAAAUAUAUUUUUGCAGUCAUGCAUGCAAUAUUUCUGUUGCAGUCUAGAAUGGGAGCGGCUGGAAUGGAUGUAUUGCUUGAUGAAGAACUGUUGAAUUAAACGACCAGCGUUGUUGUUUCCCAAGCAGGGAGGUCAAGAUCGACUCAGUAGCCCAUAUUUGACCAAUCCGUAGCUGGAUGGGUAGACGACUGCAUUCCCCCGUUUGUCGAAGGCACCUCAAUAGUAUGUCUUGAGAUUUUAAUUCUGUCCCCUUCAUAAUUAACUAAGUUGGAACCCUUAAUGUGGUCAGGUAGUCCUGUUUAACUAUUCAGCUGGUAUUAUAUUAAGGGGUCUACUUAUAUUGUAGCAGAAAAUGUAAAUUGUACAUUUCCAGCAUAUUAUUUUUAAUAAAUGACAUGUGUCUAACCUUUCACCUUAUUAGAAAAGCCAUGGUUGCUGUCGAGAGCAAAUGUAGUAAAACUGUGCGCCUGGUAUUCCAAGAAACUAGGCUACUCCAACUCAAAUACAUCCAAUCACAUUGUUCUGUCACUGCUUGUUUUGAAUUAAGGUGCAACUCAAUCAUCAUUGCACAUGAUGAGUUGGGACAGCUGACGUGACUUCUAAACAUGUUGGAGGUAGUAUCAGGAUUAUGCCUAUGUUAUUUAUGAGGAAACAUGUUUGAAGGCAAUGUUAGCAGUAUGAUAUAGAGCGGGAACAAAUAUAAGUGGGUUAGAGAUGCACGCAGUGUUUAGUACGGAAGACGUUGAUUAGUGGGUCUUGUAAUGGCUAAUCCACAUCCCACCAAGUGGUUAACAAGGGGCCCUCCGUUCUAGGUCAUGUUGAGAGUAGCCUUCUCCUGGGUGUAUUAUUUGUAGCAUUACAUGAUGUUGCUGCCUUAGUAGUUAGGAACGCAUGCACAUAGAGUGUAAUUCCUAGUCUUCAUUAAUGUUUUAGUGUGUUUCAUAAUGAGUGGGGGGCUCUUGACAUGGUACAGGAGGACCUCAUCUCUAGGACCCUUUUUAAUACAGGUCAACCAUGUUAUAGAGGAGAAGAAUCAUUCCAGAGGUUGAGAAGCCUUUCUCUCUAGAGCCGGAGAAGACUCCUGCUACACGGUGUUGUAUUUAGGAAU